CUACCAUGAACGCUCUGAGAUUCGCAACAGCAGGUUCUCUUGAUAACCUCGUCCUUACGAAUUUGGCCAAACCAACGCUCGAUUCUGGGGAGGCUCUCGUGAGGGUGGAGGCUGCUGGCAUAAAUGGGUCUGAUACCGCAGCCAUAAAGGGGUGGCUCCCUUUUGUUACAACCCCACGUAUUCCAGGUCGGGACUUCUCUGGCAAGGUCGUCGAAGUCUCGAAGGAUUCAGACGAGUCGUCCCACCGAUGGCUUGGUGCCGAAGUGUGGGGAACGGGAAGCGAUCGAGGCUUUGCCGUAGAUGGUACCUUCGCAGAAUAUCUCAAAGUUCCCAUCUCAGCGUUGAGCCGCAAACCCAAGGGCCUCGAUCACGCCAAAGCAGCGAGCCUUACACUUCCUUGGCUCUGCGCGUGGAUCGCAGUCGACAACCUUGCUCAAGUUAGGAAGGGAGAUAACGUGAUUAUCAUUGGCGCUCGUGGGGCUAUCGGAUCAGGGGCUGCUCAGCUCUGUAAUUAUCUGGGCGCAAAGGUGUUUGGGACUUAUCGCUCUCUGCAAAACGUGAACGUACCCUCGUUUGUCACUCCCAUCGAGCUGUCAUCGGGCUCCAAAACGCCCAUACGUGAUGCUAUCGCCCAAGCCGGACUGCAGAACAAGAUAGAUGUCCUCCUGGACUGCGCUGGUUACGAGGACGCCUUCAACGACGCGAUUUUCACAAUGACACCUAACGGUGAUGGCCGCGUCGUCGCCAUGGCUGUUCAUCGCAAAGAUGGACUGUUUGCGCUGGAUUUGCGAACGCUGUAUACAAAGGCUCUCACGCUCAAGGGGCUCAAGUCUAGCAUAGUCGGUCCCAGCGAAGUCAAGAAGGUUUUAGAUCACUUGGCAGAGCAGUUUGACAAUGGAACUCUAGAAGGCCCGAGCUCGGUGAAUUCGGUGAACAUGAGCAAUUUAGAUGCUGUGAAAGGGGCGCUGGAAGAGGUGAUAUUACGAUCAUCGAAUGUCCGCUCUGUCAUUAUACCCCAGGCUUGACAUGGGAUCAUAUCGUACAAUGCGGGGAUGGCAGGGAAGCCGGUACUAUAACAGCACAAUACAGCCUCUUUGGAUAUGACUUGUUGACGUUACAUUGUGCUCAUGAAUUGACAGAAGAGCCCUAGCAAAUGGGCUUUUAACUUAUUGAACUUUGUCAUACAAUAGGUUUCCCUUAUCGUUAUCAAAUACUUCAUACAAAUAAAUUAACGUUGGAAAGAGUAA